CCAAAGACUUAGUAGCAAGAGCAAAGAAUAGUACUAAUGGCCUCUAAUAAGUAUCUUCUCCUUGCUGCCAUUCUCAUUUCUGUUAUGGCCUCACAAACAGCAACAGCUCAGCUUCUUGGGCUUGGGCAGGUGCACAUUAAUGGCACAGUUCACUGCAGUGUCAGCAUUCCCACUGCCAUCACACCUGUGUUUCCAAAUGCUCUAAUGGCGCUCCAAUGCGGGAGCAGUGUGAUCUCUACAACAACUACAAACACCAAUGGAGUUUUUGACUUCUCACUUAAUCUCUUAUCUUCUCUCUUUUCAACUCUUCUGAAUGACUGUAAGCUUAUAGUGAACACACCUCUCUCCACCUGCGACUCCUCACUGCCUUCCAUUGGAUUCCUUCAAUCACCUCUGCAGCUUCUGUCGCCUGCAAGUGGUUUACUUGGUGGGAUAUUAAGUGGAUUUCUCCAACUGAUUCCUUCUGGAUUUUCUCUUAUUAACUAAUUACAUGCAAUAACAGUGAUUGAUGUGGCUGUAAUCUGUAUUGUCUUAUAGUUAUAUAUGACUGUUAUAAGUAGCUGUGAGAGCUCAAUAUUUAAGAAUAAAGUGUAUGUAUCUGUGGGUGUUUAAUGUGUUAAUGAAGUUUUAGUAAGUGUUUUAAUGGUUAAGCCGACUUACAUUUUAUA